AAGUUACCGCCAUUUUAGGUUUAGGCGCGCGGCGUGCUCGGUUGUGCGUCUUAAGUGGGCUAGCGUUGUUUUUCCUUCCCUUUCUUUUCAGCGCGGUUAUAUUUACACUUUAUCGUUUUAAAAGGUGAGUAAAUAGGUGAGUAGCAGAGAUGAGUUACGGUAGACCUCCGCCCGACGUUGAGGGCAUGACCUCGCUGAAAGUGGACAACCUGACUUACCGAACCUCGCCUGAGACGCUGCGGCGCGUUUUCGAGAAGUACGGCCGCGUCGGAGACGUGUACAUCCCGAGAGAUCGGUAUACGAAGGAGAGCCGCGGGUUCGCCUUCGUGCGCUUCCACGACAAGCGAGACGCCGAGGACGCGAUGGACGCCAUGGACGGCGCGCUGCUGGACGGACGCGAGCUUCGCGUGCAAAUGGCGCGCUACGGCCGACCGCCGGAUUCGCACUACGGCCGUCGCGGAGGACCUCCGCGCAGAUACGGCGGGUACGGACGGAGGAGUCGCAGUCGCAGCCCCAGGCGCAGGAGGCACAGCCGUUCCCGCAGCAGGAGUCGCUCCCGCUCCAGAAGCAGAUCUCGCUACAGCCGCUCCAGAUCCAAGUCCUACUCCCGGUCUCGCUCCCGCUCUAAGAGCCGCACACCCCGCAGGAGCAAAUCCAAAUCUCCUUCCAGGUCCCGAUCCAGAUCUAAGUCCAAGUCUCCUUCCAGGAGUCGCAGUCCCCGCUCGAACAGAGCGUCCAAAUCCAAGUCGAGGUCCAGGUCCAGGAGCAGACCCAAAUCCCCCGAGGCCAACGGAGCCACCCAGGAGUCAUGAGCGCGAGUUCAGGUAAACACACACCUGCAGGAAAGUGACCUCUGGGUAUUUUAUUGUUGAAGUUUUUUACUCUUAUUAAUCAAUCCUGAACCAAACAUCUAAUCUUUCAACAAUUACUUCUACAUAUCUGUAAGAACAUCCCCAGAUUGCUUUAAAUGGUAAAGACUUAUGCUUUAUCUUAAAGUGGGGUUCUUGCACAGGUCUGGGAAAUGAAAGGAAUUCAUUUGUAGAGCUGGAAAAUGCUCUGCAAAGUAGUACAUGGCCAAAAUUUUAUUUUCUGUACAGACUCCAGUAUGGUUUUAAAAAAAAAAAGGUAAAUAUUAUGAAGCUUUCCUCCUUAAAGAAGAAACGCUGUAUACAACGGGCAAGAACCCAGACAAGUUUAUCAGCUGUAACAAGGGAGGGGGAUCUAGAUAUAGCGAAUGAUGCAGGUGUAUUUUGGAUUUAGUGCUUUGUGUCAUGGCAGUACAUUCGUGAAUUAUUUGGGAAUGCAUGACUAUUUAUUUAAAAAAAAAAAAAAACACGCACACAACCGGAACCCGGUUUCGGAUCCACGGAAGGUAAAGCCGUAAGUAUUUCUUUAUUUGCAACCAAUAGAUUGUGGGUGGUAAACGUUUUUACCUUAAUGUGGAAUUCUUUCCUCCAAGCUGCUGAUUCCUGUAUGCAAAAGAGGAGUUUGGGGGCAGUUUGAGAGCAGUUAGUGUGUGGUCCGACCGUUGGCUGCCUGCUGCUGCUUGGCGGUUGCUAUGGAGCAGGUCGGUCUCAUUGAGUGUUGAGGUGGUGUUGAGGUACGUUCGAAGGACGACGGACUGAGGCCUUUUUCCAUCUUCCUUGUCACACGCCCAUAGACGAAAGCAGGACAGAGAACACCCAAAAACAGCAGGAUGCUUUCUCAAAGCUCGUGUACAGUCAGCGAAGUACUGAAAAUGUUUAUGGUUUAUUUUCAGCGUUUGCUGACGUCAUAACGUCGCUUUCAGAAAGGCAUCCCCUACCCCCAGGUUUUGCUCAUUUCAUUGAGGUUACUCAACACCAAUAAGGGUUAAUGAUUUAAGUUGAGCAACUCUACAACAGACUCGUUGCUCACUAGACAAGUGUAAAAGGCUUGCUUUUUUUUUUGGUAAGCACAGGAUUUUUUUAUUUACAAAAAAAUUUUUUUUUUUUAAAUUGAAGCUGGCCAAAAGUGACUAGUGCUUAGUCAGCAACCGCUGCUUUUACGGAAAUAUAGGAACUAUACAAGCUUCUCUGUGCUUGUAUAAUUAAAAAUCGUCUACCUUGACUUCUUUAAAACUCACUGACUCUUUUCUUUCCCAGAUGAUGUCAGAUGAAUGAGUCUUCAUUCCGAGGAUCACUUCGAAAGGAAAAGUCCAUCUGAGGAUUUCUAAAUUCACCUUGUCAGACCAAAAGGUUGUUGCAAACUCGGUCUACAUCUUUUUAAAACCUUCUUUUUUUUUUUUUUGCCUUUGUUUAGUUGACCAGAAAUUUCUGUACCGUAUUCUGAAGUGUGAUCAUCUUGAAUUGAAUAUUUGCGCUUAAGUGAGAUUCUUAGGUGGAAAGUUUUUCCCUUUUUUUUUUUUUUUUGUUGCUAGUUUGUGCAUUUUGUUUAGUACUUGAUGUUAAGUAAUCGCCCAGCCAAUAAAGUAAGUUCAUUUUCAAUUCAUUACGUCUUUUUCUUUAAUGCAGUGUGUACUCAAGUCUGUAAUGUAAUAAAGCUGUUUUUUUUUUUUUCAUCUCUGUAUGGAAACCGGCCAGAUGUUUAGCCCUAGCACAUGCAAGUGUGUCGCAAUUUGGAUAAAUGCUUUCCAUGUGAAAUCAAAAUCACAUUCUCUACCUGAAUUUGGGGGUUUAUUUUUUUCUUGUGUGUUAUCUGCUUAUUUGGCAUAUCUGUGAUUUUCUAAUGCUCUCCCUUGUGUAUCUUUUGUGCACUAGGCGCAGUUGCGCAGCAGUUGAGUAUUGCUGGUUAGCUGUUAAGGUGGCGUGUUGCAGUGCAGAGUGCUUGGCUGUUUCCAGUAUUCUCCUGAUUGCUCCCGUGUAACGCCUUGAUUUGACGAUUUUUAAAGCUGCAGCAGAAUGACCUGCGCGGGUCCUUCCUGCAAACCUUUCGUUCGAUAAAUUUACGCAUUGGGAGGUAGUGCACCAACAUUAUCACGUCAAUUUUCAACGGCAGAAUUUUGUUCUUUGUGGAAACGUUCACAGCUGUAAGCUCCAUGUGAAUGCUAAUAAACCUUUUUUUGUGUUAA